GACUACACUCGCUUCGAUAAGCUUGUGACUUUUUUAAUGCUUUCGAAAAGAAUACGCUUUUAAGAGAACACUUGAUUGCAAUUUUUUUUAACAAGUGAACAUUUUGGUAGAUAUUUUUAUCUUAGUAUGAAAAAAAAAUAGUGACAGUGACUUCGUAUGAGUAAAAUUGUGUUUGAUGAACAUAAAAAGGGUGAAUUUUCAAAAUCAAAUAAGAUAUCUUUAACAGCACAACUAUGAAAGCUAAGAUAUUCUCCAUUUGCUUGACGUUGCUGUGUGCACAAGGUUUAGCAUAUGCAGAUGACGUUACUGAAAACAUGCGAGAAAAAUUAGGUAACAGGGUUUUGAAAUCAAGUUCGUCCGAUUUGGAAAGGAAACAAAUUGAAUCAAGAGUCGAGCUAAAUAACAAUUUGCUAGAAACUCAUACAGUCACUACUGAGGACGGAUAUAUAUUAACCCUAAAUCGCAUGGCAGGACCUCCUGGAUCUGUCCCUGUUUUAUUGCAACACGGGCUUUUAGGAUGUGCUGAGGAGUGGUUGAUCGCUGGAGCUGGAAAAUCUCUCCCUCAUAUUCUCAACUAUCAAGGCUACGACGUUUGGCUGGGAAAUAUCAGAGGCAGCACAUUGUCAAGAAAACACCAAACACUAUCUACAUCUGAUCCACAAUUUUGGAAUUUCACGUGGGUCGAACUUGGACUUUACGAUCUUCCAGCAAUGAUAACGUAUAUAACGCAACUGAAAAAUGAUAGCUUAUUUUAUGUGGGCCAUUCUAUGGGCGCCACUACUUUUUCUGUAAUGUCGAUCGAGAAACCGGAAAUAGCGAAAAAUGUCAAGGCCAUGCUGAGUCUUGCCCCCGCAACGUACGUUUAUCAUAUGAAAUCUCCCCCCAUGAAAUUGAUGUCUUAUUUUUGGAAUGCCUUUCUGAAAGUUUCGCAUACGCUUGGUUUCCACGAAUUUUUCCCGAGGAAUGUUUUCUUUGAUAGCUUUUCCUAUUACAUAUGUGAAUCUAGGCUGCUAAGGGGCAUUUUUUGCAGCAACUCUUUGUUUUUGAUUAGUGGUUUUAAUUCCAAACAGUUGGACUUUGAUUUACUUCCGAAAAUUUGGUCAUUAUUUCCAGCCGGUACAUCAAUAAAGCUAUACACUCAUUUCCUACAGCAAGUAACGGUAAAUGAACUUAGAAAAUUUGACUACGGUGCAGAAAAUAAUCUGCUAAUGUACAACAGUUCUGUACCACCAAACUAUGAUAUUUCUCAAAUCCGAGUACCCGUUGCUGUAUUUUGGUCGGAAAACGACUGGACGGUUGUCAAAGAGGAUGUAUAUCAUUUUUAUGAACAAUUGAGUUUCAAACUAGGAAUAUACAAGGUUGAAGACAGUUUAUUCAAUCAUUUUGACUUUCUGUGGGGGAUGAAUGCACCAGAGACUUUGUAUGCUAACAUGCUCAAUGUGAUGAAUGACUACGAAAAAAAAAAAAUUGAUUUUGUACACUUAGUUAAAUUUUAAUAAUCACAAAUGUGAAAUUUCAA